AUGGCUGUCACGAAGACAAACAAGGUUGUUGGCGCUGGCGCCUCAAAGGCUUCUGCCAAGGGCAACAGCUUCUUCAUUGACUUCUCGGGUCCUGCCAACGACAAGGUGCUGGACGGUGAUGCUUUCGAGAAGUUCCUGCACGACCGCAUCAAGGUUGACGGCAAAGCUGGUCAGCUUGGUGAUGUUGUGCAGAUUUCGCGCGAGGGUGAGGGCAAGAUCUGGGUCAAGACGACGAUUCCUUUCUCGAAGCGCUACCUCAAGUACUUGACAAAGAAGUUCCUGAAGCGUGCUGAGCUUCGUGACUGGCUGCGUGUUGUUGCGACAUCUAAGGCUGGCUUCGAAGUCAAGUUCUUCAACGUGUCGUACGACCAGGAAGAAGAGGAGGAGGGUGAUGAGGAGUAA